CAUCAGAAAAAAAUAAUUGAAUCGUUGUGUGACACCUAUAAACGCUUAGUUGUGUUUUUAGGUGCCUUUAAAGGACACAGAAAACACAGUAGUUAAAAAAAUAUUAGAGCUCGCGAGAUUCCGGCAACGUUACAGGUGUGUUUUUGUUUCUCCUCCCCCUCCAGAAAACUGAACCGAGUCGUCGUUAUUUUUAUUUUUUUUAAGGUGACGUGUAGUCGGAGCCCUUCUUCUACUCUUCCUCAUGUGUCAAUAAAAGUACUUGCUGUACCCGGAUAUGAACGCAGGGAAUAGCCCACAUAAUACGCGGGUAAACUGUUUCCAGGAUGCUCUGAUGUAAGGUUAUGCCUUUACAGUGAGCUCCACUGUCUGCGCAGACCGGGACAGGAGAGACUGUCGGGGCCUGGAGUCCAAGGAAUCCGAGGCGGACAGACUGGUUUGUCUGCUACAUCGUGGCUGGGCAAGACGACGGUGAGAUUGGGUUUCCACUCUGCGGAACAGGAUACCUCCCUGGUGGCUGUCAGAGGAUGAUGGCGCUGCACUGUGUCUUGAUCCUGGGCUUGUUCUCGGGCUGGGCAGCAGGCUACAAGACGGGGGACAAUGUGACUCUUUAUGUCAACAAAGUGGGCCCUUAUCAUAACCCCCAGGAGACGUAUCACUACUACACACUGCCUGUUUGCAGGCCACAGAAGGUACACCACAAGUCCCUGAGUCUGGGAGAAGUACUGGAUGGUGACAGGAUGGCAGAGUCUUUAUAUCAAAUUCGAUUCACAGAGAACACAGAGAAAAAAAUUCUUUGCCAGCUUACACUUUCAGAGACACAGGUGGAUGAGCUUCGUGAGGCCAUCGAGGAGUUGUACUACUUUGAGUUUGUGCUGGAUGAUAUUCCGAUCUGGGGAUUUGUGGGAUACAUUGAGGAGAGCGGCUUCCUGCCUCACAGCCACAAGGUGGGCUUGUGGACUCACCUGGACUUCAAUAUCGAGUACAACGGCGACUCUGUGAUCUUCGCCAACGUCUCGGUGAAAGACGUCAAGCCCGUUCCCUUGGAGGAGGGGGCGGGCACGGCGGUGGGCGGAGUCGGAAUUGGUGGGGGCAGCGUGACUGUGACCCACACCUACAGCGUCCACUGGUACGAGUCCAAUCUGCCUCAUUCCCGGAGAGCCGAGCGCCUCAGAGACUACUCCUUCUUCCCAAAAACGCUGGAGAUCCACUGGCUGUCCAUCAUCAACUCACUGGUGCUAGUGGUGCUGCUGCUGGGCUUCGUCAUCAUCAUCCUCAUGCGGGUCCUUAAGAAUGACUUCGCCAGGUACAACGUGGAGGAGGAGGGCGGCUGUGAUGAUCUGGAUCAAGGAGAUAACGGCUGGAAAAUCAUCCACACUGACGUCUUCAGAUUCCCCCCUUUCAAAAGCCUGCUGUGUGCCGUGCUGGGAGUUGGAGCUCAGUUCCUGACCCUCGCCACGGCUAUUAUCAUCAUGGCGCUGCUGGGGAUGUUCAAUGUCCACCACCACGGAGCCAUCAACACAGCCGCCAUCGUGCUGUACGCUCUGACCAGCUGUGUGUCGGGCUACGUCUCCUGCAGCUUCUACACACAGAUCAACGGCCAGCGCUGGGUGUGGAACAUCAUCCUCACUUCAUCUCUGUUCUCAGCUCCCCUGUUCAUCACUUGGAGCGUGGUGAACUCCAUCCACUGGUGGAGCGGCUCCACUCAGGCUCUACCGGCCACCACUGUGCUCCUCCUGCUGGGUGCCUGGGUCCUGGUGGGCUUCCCCCUCACCGUCAUCGGUGGCAUCGUGGGAAAGAACAGAGCCGGCAGCUUCCAGGCGCCGUGCCGCACUCGUAACAUCCCCCGGCAGAUCCCCACGCAACCAUGGUACAAACAUGCAGUGGUGCAUAUGGCCAUCGGUGGCUUCCUGCCCUUCAGUGCCAUCUCCGUGGAGCUGUACUACAUCUUCGCCACCGUGUGGGGCAGAGAGCACUACACCCUGUACGGCAUCCUGCUGUGUGUCUUCGCCAUUCUCCUCUCAGUAGGCGCCUGCAUCUCUGUGGCGCUGACCUACUUCCUGUUGUCAGGUGAAGACUACCGAUGGUGGUGGCGGAGCGUGCUGAGCACUGGUUCCACCGGCCUCUUCAUCUUCGUCUACUCGGUUUUCUAUUACAGGAACCGAUCGUCCAUGAGCGGCCUGGUGCAGAGUACAGAGUUCUUCGGGUACUCCCUGCUCACAGCGCUGGUCUUUUCCCUCAUGUUGGGAAGUGUGUCCUUCUGGGCCUCACUGGCUUUUAUCCGCUACAUCUACCGCAGCCUCAAGAUGGAUUAAACAGUAUCUGCGUUCAAACACAAACAAUUCUGCAUAGAACUGGACUGGACAGCAUUCACUUUCAUUUAAAACGCAUAUACAUCUCCCAUUGUGUUAAUGGGAGAAAAGAAAAAAAACAGGGGCCUUGAACUCAUCUU